GAGAGUCCACGCAUGACAUAGAUAUGUGACAAUAUUUAUAAACUAGUGCUUUUGAGACUUAUUGGCGUUGUUCAGAAGUCUCAAAGACAGCUAACGAUUACGUUAAUUUUUAAGUUAGGAAGAUUCAUUCAAACUUUGACUUUGUCAACUUAACUUUGCCAACGCGUCCUUAUCAACUUGACCUUGUGAGAACAGACUGCAACGUGGAAAGAUUAUUAAACAUGGAGGAGUCGCUGAAUUACACGGAGGAACAAAGAAAAUUGCAUCUGGAAACUCUUCAAAGUCAGACAACCCUUGUCAUGAUUCCAGCCCUGACAUUCUUAUCUCUACUUUUAGUGACUGGAGUUAUCGGGAAUAGCCUUGUUCUGUUAGUCUACUGGAGAAAGCGCUCCAAGACACCUGAGAAAGUGUUCAUCCUGGUAGUGGCUGUGUACGAUCUAUUAACAAACGCGAUCACAAUUCCAGGUAAAUUUAAAUACUAACAUAGAGGACAAAUAAAGAUCAAAGUUUGUUUUAAAAACAUUUUUACAAUAGGUAUUUUAUCUGAAAAAUAUAUAUUGAAAUCGAAUUUUAAAAAAGCUUUAAAAUAAAAGAGUUUUUUUUUGUUUUUUUUUUUUUUUUUAGAAAUUAGUUGAGUUCUGUUUUAAUUUAUUAAAUAAAAUUUGUUGCAAGAGAAGAUAUGAAAACAAUAAUAUUAAGAAAUGAAAAAAAAAACUAGAUUUUUUUUUUUUUUUUUUUUUUUUUUUUAGAAAUUAGUUGAGUUCUGUUUUAAUUUAUUAAAUAAAAUUUGUUGCAAGAGAAGAUAUGAAAACAAUAAUAUUAAGAAAUGAAAAAAAAAACUUGAUCCGUUGAUUUAUUUUGCUAAGGUGCAUUAGACAAGACGUGCAUGAUGUAUUUUAAAUGUUUACUUGUAGGAGAGAUGUACGAGUCACUCAAUGACUGGGACUUUGACCAUCCCACCGUCUGCAGGAUUCAGCAAUAUAUCAGCGC